CGUCGUCUCAGGCGGUAGUUGUGAUGAAAGCUGGGAAAUGAAUGUGGUUAUACCCCCUCCACCAAGGAAUAUCUUAAUUUUGUCAUCUCAUCCAGCACAAGCAUUUUACUGUCAAGGUGGUAAAAGGCAUCUGGUGUAACUGGAAGCAAUUUUCACUGUAACAUUUUGAAAUUAAGAUAUGAACUAUACAAGCUGGUAUUCGGGAAAGAAAGAGUUAAACUUUCUCACACUCUACCAGCUGACACACUACGUCACACUGCGGAAGUGAAAGUGACAACAUGAGCUGUGUCUUGCCAGGAUGGUUCGUAAUUUAGCGUUUCUUUUCCUUUUGAGUUGUCUGUGUUUCUCUCAAACUGCGGCCGAAGAGGAGUCAUCGAGCUGCGGCUGUGACAAACUAAAGAGAGCCACUGCUGAAGAGCCUUUGGAGGAGGAAACAGAGCCAGCAGCUCAAAAAUACUCCAAAGGCGCCAAUGAGGGGCUGUCCGAGGCUCAGGAAACGGAGGAUGAAAUACAAAGUCAGAUGGUCCUGAUUCCUGAAGGGGAGUUCCUGAUGGGAACAGACGACCCGGGUAUCCCUGCUGAUGGUGAGGGUCCUCAGAGGCUGGUCCAUGUGGACUCCUUCUCCAUGGACAUCCAUGAAGUCACCAAUAGACAGUUUCAGAGCUUUGUUGAGGCCACAGGGUACAUAACUCAGGCAGAGAAAUUUGAAGACUCAUUUGUAUUUGAGGGACUUUUGAGCGAGACUGUCAAAGAAAAAAUCACACAGGCAGUUGCUGCUGCCCCCUGGUGGCUGCCAGUCAAAGGAGCUGAUUGGAGGCACCCAGAAGGUCCCGACUCAUCAUUAGUAGACAGGCUCGACCACCCUGUUCUCCAUGUUUCUUGGGUGGAUGCUGCUGCCUACUGCUCCUGGGCCAAUAAGAGGCUUCCCACAGAGGCAGAGUGGGAGUACGCCUGCAGGGGUGGCUUGAAAGACAGACUUUACCCCUGGGGAAACAAGCUGAACCCAAGAGGAGAACACUAUGCCAACCUCUGGCAGGGAGAGUUCCCAAAUCACAACUCUGGGGAGGACGGGUACAUGAAAACCUCACCGGUGAUGUCCUUCCCAGCUAAUGGUUUUGGUCUGUAUGACAUGGUUGGUAAUGCGUGGGAAUGGACCUCAGACUGGUGGACUGUGAUUCACACCACAGACCGGCAAAUAAACCCAACAGGUCCUCCAUUAGGCAAAGACAAAGUAAAGAAGGGAGGAUCAUACAUGUGCCACAAGUCCUACUGUUACAGAUACAGAUGUGCAGCCCGGAGUCAGAACACUCCAGACAGUUCUGCCUCAAAUCUUGGUUUUCGAUGCAUCUCUCAGAAACAAUUGUGACCGAAGCUACUUGACUGAAACACUGUCCCACUUAUUCAAGCUUUUCUCUGAUGUCUUUGGAGAGGAAGGAAUGAAGAGAUGUAACAGUGCCUUUCUAAGUGCCGUUUCGUUUAUGUGCUUUUGAAGAUGAAAAGACAGACGGUUAGUCUGAGGAAAAAAUGCUUUGUAUCUCACAUCAUAGCUGUUUUUCUCAGAUUGUUAUAACUUAACAUUAUUUCUUAUUUUUUAUAAGAAAUUAAUAGAAAAGCUUAGAUCAUUAUGGUCUUGUAAAAAAAUGUUUAUAUUCAGCACUGGCUGAAGUACAGACAAAAACCAAGAAGAGCUGUUAAAUAAUACUUACAGCUCCUGUAAGGAGCUUUUAGUUUGUGAGCUCUUUAUUCUUCACUGAUGUGGACUGUUCAUGUGUGACCAGUGUUUGUUGUUUUUUUUUUUUUAACUGUCAUACUUUAUUUAAACUAAAAAACAUAUCACUCAUCAGAAUUCCUUUUUAAUAAAGGUUGUGACUGCAGCGUGCCAUUAAUCCCAGCUAACACCCACAGGCAGUGUUAAAAUAUAUCUAUAAAGAGGACAUAUCAGAAUCAAUUUCACUGUAUUUCAUUACCAGUUGAGAAUUCCUCUCAGGAGCUUUUAAUCCAUGAUAAAUGAGAUGCUUAACAGUCCUUUUUGGCUUUAUCUGCAUAUUCUUGGUUUUUGUGACUAAAUUUUAAGAGUUCCAUUUCAUUUCAACAUUUUUUUUCAUACUGGUUGUAUUUUUUCUUUUAGUUCAAAGAUAAAAAGAUUUCUUAAUGAGCCUUGCAAUAAAACAGUUUAUCAGGCA